UGUGGCGUAGCUUAAAAUGCAACUUCCUGUUAAGACGCCCUUAGCGCAUUACUGAAGGUGAGAGUGUUCGUGUCAUUGCUCUUUUUGUCAAGCCUAAAGCAAGCUUCAGUAAACUGGGGGUGUAAAACUCCCAGGAAACUGUGCCAACUGAUUAGACACCAGAGAAAACGACUUAUGGUGUCUUAGAAGAGGCACUUGUACCCCUGGUAAUGGCGAAAUUUCUUGGACUAAUGUUCUUGGUCCUAACAGGAUUAGCAAUUUGUAUAUUAUCAGCAGCAGGUAACAACUCAAACAACUCAAUCAUGACUACUUCCACACAGCCAGCCUCAUUCAACACUCUCAGUACCAGUCAAGACAUAAAUAUGGGCACAUCCUCUCCUCCACACACCCCCUCACAUCAACACCCACAAUUACCCACAACCACUGCUGGAACAGAUAGCAACUCAAAGAUGGCCUCUACUUCCACACAGCCAACCUCAUUCAACACUCUCAGUACCAGUCAAGACACCAAUCCUCCACUCAUCAACUCACAACAACACACAGAUGUAUCCACUAGUGAAACAACAAAGCAGACUAAACCCUCAGCUCCAUCUAGUACCUCACAUUCACAGCAAACACCAUCAAGAGCAAAUGUUCCUGAGGACAUAAAUAUGAGCACAUCCUCUCCUCCACACACCCCCUCACGUCAACAAUUACCCACAAGCACUGCUGGAACAGACACCAAUCCUCCACUCAUCAACUCACAACAACACACAGAUGUAUCCACUAGUGAAACAACAAAGCAGACUAAACCCUCAGCUCCAUCUAGUACCUCACAUUCACAGCAAACACCAACAAGAGCAAAUGUUCCUGAGGCCAUAAAUAUGAGCACAUCCUCUCCUCCACACACCCCCUCACAUCAACACCCACAAUUACCCACAACCACUGCUGGAACAGACACCAGUCUUCCACUCAUCAACUCACAACAACACACAGAUGUAUCCAGUAGUGAAACAACAAAGCAGACUAAACCCUCAGCUCCAUCUAGUACCUCACAUUCACAGCAAACACCAUCAAGAGCAAAUGUUCCUGAGGAUAGCGACUCAAAGAUGGCCUCUACUUCCACACAGCCAACCUCAUUCAACAGUCUCAGUACCAGUCCAGGAGACCAUAGCACGGAAAAUUCAUCACGACUCAUUAUCACAGACACCACUGACGCUUCGCACACAGCAUCCUCCAUUAACACAAUCUUACCCCCACGCAUGUCCACCACAACAGAGGCCUCACCCACAUUCACCUCUGACUCAUCGAGUCUUAGCACAGCCUCACCCACACUCACAUCCACUGAAGCAGGUUCUUGCUCCACAUGUGAAUCCUCUGUAACAGUAAAAAAAAUAGAAAGUAAACAUGCAUUGCUAGUGACGUUUGAAGAGUUUAAUAAAAAUAAUUGCCCCAGUAAACCCUACUUUAUGAUACUCAAGAAUAACGCUUCCAAUAAAACGAUAACCAGUGCAACGAUAAACAUGACUGAGAGUAUUUUCGAGAUACCACUUGAGAAAUUGGAGCCUUGCCAAUAUUAUAAUGUCAGUUUAAACCAUACCUGUACACUCAAGAAGAACAUAAUUUCGUCAAAUGUUACUUACUGGGAUAAACCUACUUUCAAUUUUACCAAAAAUGUCAGCAGCGAAUUCUAUUGGACAAAUAGAAAUGAAACAUGCGCUGGAGAUGUUACAUUCAGCUGCGACUCCAUUGCAAGACCAUAUAAAGAAAAUGAACAUGUUAAACUGGAACCUUACCAUAAUUACUCUUGUAAUGCCACAUACGCUUUCUUUGCCCCUGAGACAUUUCCAGUUUACUUUGAAUGUGAGUGGAAAAAUAGUAGUGAACCUAAGCUCGAGGCAAGUACUAAUAGCAUUAUGGCAUCAUGGAGUUUAACAAGCCCAAACUGUGAUGAGCAAAAGGUUACCUAUAAUGUCACAUGUGAGAGUAAACAAGAAAAAACAGAUUCAUGCAUUUGGAACCAAAAUCCGAAUUCCUGUAAUGUGCCUGCAUUGGAAUUUGAUAGCCAUUAUACAUGUACAAUUCGUGUUGACUAUAACAACAGCAAAAAUGUCCACAGUAUAACAAUGGCUGUUGAAACACUGUCUGGAAAACCUGAAAUCUCUGAGAAGAAUUUUGUAAUGCCUCAGCAUAAUGCCUUUUAUGUGACAUAUCAUGUUAAAUGGAAUGGGAAAAAUGGAACGUGCUAUCUAAACCUCACAAAUGGCAAUAAGGUGGAAUCUACCAAACAAAAUACAUCAAAUGAAGAGAAUUGUUCCUUCCUUUUGGAGAACCUCUAUUACUUAACGACUUAUACAUUUCUGGUCUACGCUGAAAAUGGCAAAGGAAAUAAAAGUGAUGUCCAAAGUACACAACAUACAACUCAAUACAAUUAUAAAGCUGUUCUGGGCUUCCUGGGCUUCCUCAUCUUUGUUACAUCUCUUGCUCUCCUGUUCGUCAUGUACAAAAUCUUUGCUCUGCAGAGGAAGCGGUCAAGUGAAGUAUGUGAGAUGGAUCACCUUCUUCCUCAAGAAAACCUGCUCCACGUGGAGCCCAUCAGUGCCGAUGCGCUGGUAGACACUUACAGGAAGAAGAUCGCUGAUGAGGGACGCCUGUUCAUGGAGGAAUUUCAGAGCAUUCCACGUAUUUUCUCAAAUUACACCGUCAAAGAGGCCAAGAAAUCAGAAAACCAAUCAAAGAAUCGAUAUGUGGACAUUCUUCCCUAUGACUACAAUCGUGUUUCCCUCUCUAAUGGAGGAAGACAUGACUACAUUAAUGCCAGUUUUAUUGAGGGUUACAAGGAGCCCAACAAAUACAUAGCAGCCCAGGGGCCAAAGGAUGAGACAGUGGAAGAUUUUUGGAGAAUGGUCUGGGAGCAAAAGUCAUCCAUCAUCGUCAUGGUUACCCGCUGCGAGGAAGGGAACAAGAACAAAUGUGCCCAGUACUGGCCAUCCGUGGAGAGGGAAACAGAGAUUUUUGAUGAUUUUGUUGUGAAGAUCAAACACGAGGAGAACUGCCCAGACUACAUCAUUCGCCAGCUUAGCCUGAUGAAUCGAAAAGAGAAGGCAGCUGAGCGAGAUGUCACCCACAUCCAGUUCAUGAGCUGGCCCGACCACGGCGUGCCCGGAGACCCCGGACUGCUGCUCAAAUUGCGGCGCAGGGUGAACUCCUUCAAGAACAUCUUCAGUGGACCAAUUGUUGUCCACUGCAGUGCUGGAGUGGGCCGCACUGGCACCUACAUUGGCAUCGAUGCCAUGAUCGAGAGUCUGGAGGCAGAAGGCCGCAUGGACAUCUACGGCUACGUUGCCAAACUGCGUCGCCAGAGGUGUCUCAUGGUUCAAGUGGAGUCACAGUAUGUUCUGAUCCACACUGCACUGAUCGAGUACAACCAGUUUGGCGAGACGGAGAUCUCGCUGAUGGACUUCCAUUCAACAGUCAACACACUUAAACAGAGGGAAGGCAAUGAGCCCAGUCUGCUGGAACUAGAGUAUCAAAAACUUCCAAAGUUUAAAAACUGGAGGUUGUCCAACCUAGCGGCCACUGAGGAGAACAAGAAGAAGAACCGCUCCUCGAUAGUGCCAUAUGACUUCAACAGAGUGCUGGUAAAACUGGAGGAAGAAGAAGGCCAUAACAGUGAUGCCGAGGAUGAGGAAGACUAUUCCUCCGACGAAGAUGACGAAACAUCCACCAAAUACAUCAAUGCCUCUUAUGUGAAUGGUUACUGGAGUCCAAAGAGCCUCAUCACUGCGCAGGGACCUCUGGACAGCACAGUUGAGGACUUCCUGCAGAUGCUUUUCCAGAAGCAGGUUCCAGCUGUGAUCAUGCUCUCUGACUGCAUGGAGAAUGGCAAGGAGUUCUGCGCCCAGUACUGGGCGGAGGAGAAGAAAGUGUUUGGGGAGAUGGAGGUGGAGGUUAAGGAGACUGAAAGUACUCCCACAUACAUCAGACGUCGCCUACAAAUACAGAGUACAAAGGUAAAAGAAAGUGUUACGUCAGAGCAGUAUCACUUCCUGAAAUGGGCGGGGCACGAGCUACCAGCCAACCCUCUUGACUUGAUCGACAUGAUGAAGAGCAUUAGGCAGAACGUUGGUCACGGCAAUAGCAGAGACAACAUAAGCUCCCCCAUUGUGGUGCACUGCAAUGAUGGGUCCUCGCGUUCCGGAAUCUUCUGCGCCUUGUGGAAGCUUCUGGACAGUGCGGACACGGAGAGGCUGGUGGACAUCUUUCAGGUGGCUAAAGGCCUGCGCAAGGAGCGCUUGGGCAUGUUUACCAGCUUGGAGCAAUACCAGUUCCUCUAUGAAGCUCUGCAGGCAGCUUUCCCUGUGCAGAACGGCGAGGUGAAGAAGGCCGCCGCUUCCCCUGACUCUGUGCAGGUCAUCAACGAAGCGAGCGGUACUACCAGUGCAGACCAAGUGGAGGCAGCAAACAGCCAGGCUCCUGAGAACCAAGCGAUUGCUCCUCCUGAGAACCAGGCAGUUGAGAACCCCAAUGCUGCCACUGCUUCGCCAUCGCCUCAAGAGGGCACUUGUGAGUCGAGCUGUGUACCAGAGAAAGCCCCCAGUGAAACCACCACCAAUGGUCCCACUGUUACUGUAGAGGUAUAAGCUGUCUGCUUAACAUUGCAUAUAUGCAAUCAGUGGUAGUAGAUUAUAUCAGGUAUAUAUAUCAGCAUAAGAAAGUAAAGUCAAGCAGUUUAUAUCAUACCACUUGGAAAUGUUAAUAUUCAUUUGGUUUAAAGAUGAAAUUGUAUGUCUUGUUGAUAUUGUUUGUUUUAGAUUAUACUAUUAUUACCUACACCCUCAGUUGGGUUGUUUUUGGAUUUUGUUGUUGUUGUUGUUGUUGUUAAUAUUAUCUUUGUACAUAAUUUUUCAUUUAAUAUUUUGAGAAUUUUCAUUGACUUUCAUUGAGUUUAUUGAGUACAGAGCACAGUUCGGGUUUUAUUCUACUUUACUCCUUACAUACAAUGACAGCAUGAACAAAGAAAAUACAAAGUGUACCUUUAGGUUAAUACAUCUCAUUGUAAUGUGUUAUGAGUAUAUAUGACACCGUUAUGGUCUUUUAGUACCAUGAGGUUUCAUAUAUUCCAAGUUCACAAUUCAUGUUCAAAUAAGCCUCUUUUAAUAUGAAUCUGCAUUGCCAUCUGUAAAAGUAACUUCUAAUUGAUUGGUUUAUCAUUUUUGGUUUAGUUUGUUUAGUUUUUGAAAAUGUGAAAGUAAUGUACCCUGAAAGUUUACUAAAAUCUAUUGUUUUAUCUGAUAUCUAGAGCCUAUUUUAAGUAAUUAACUUAUGCAGUGCAAAAUGGUAGAAUGUUUGUGCAGAAUGUACCCUGAAAGAGUGAUUUGAUUACAUAAGGCAAAGAUAACUUUGCACUACAUAGUCAACUUCAAACUAUUAAUUGGUGUGCUUGUCAUUUCUUGAUAACUAUAUCAGUGUAAUUCUGCAUAUAUGGUUAAGUUGGUUAACUAAAGAAUAAAUAAAAUUGAAGUGUUUUCUUUGUA